GUUGAUCCAGGUCGCCCGCCACCUCGCCACCUUUCGGCUUCAAAUCCUCAUGUAGCUCGUCGAACCGGGUCGGUGUAUUCCCAAACAGGCCAUUUCUUUCAUAGUCAUCCCCAAACCACCUUCCCUCAGAGCUUAGCUCUUCUCCGGGCUUAGCAGACAUGCUUUUAUUUUCCUGUUAUCGGACAGAUUCAGCGGCGGGCACCAGGCUUGUUCUUCUCUGCCGUGUACCGGGAGUAGACUGUAAAUGAGCGGUUAGCGGAAACUGGUUCCAAACAAUGCGGUUUCUGCACUGGCUUCUGUUUACUGAGCCUGGGGUUUGUGGACGCCACAGAUGAGGAGGGGAGGUCCGUCGCUCGCUCGGUCGGUCGGGGAGCAGAGCAGAAGGAGAGGAGUGAGGUUGAUUGUUUUAGUUCACUGCUCCAACGCUGACGUCAUGGUGUCCGCGAGGCUCAGGGUUGGCACUUUUAUUUGGGGCACGUUCACAUUUCAAACGCGUUUAAAUAAAGUUUGCUGAAAUGUUUGACAGUGGCGAGGUGAAUGGCGGAGAAAAAAACGUAUUCGGUGAGGUAAAACAGGCGACCGUGACUUAACAAACAGGGAAAAGUCAAUUAUAAUUGAUUGACUUCAAAUACGGCAUGAAUUCGUCAAGGAAAACGGUGCUUCCACAUCAUUAAGUCGGAUUAAAUGUGUUUUGAUUAAGAAACACGAUUACUACAAUGUUGUUUUAUAACAAAAUUGUCCGUAAAAUCGUUCCAAAGUGUGUCUCCCACGUUUUUGUGGAAAUAUAUAUUGUAGUGUGGCGCCUUCGUGUGGUAGCUCGAAGUAUGAACAGUGUCGCAAAACUUUCAACGGCUCCUUAGCAACCAGACGUCAAGUGCCUGGAUACAGACAAACUCCAAACAUUGCUGAACUCCGACGGGCAACAGCGUCUGCGACUGAGCCGAACAAAGCGUAUAUUUCAUCAUGGAAAUAGGGUAAAUUAAUUUAAAGCGUUAAAUUAAUGCUCCAAGGAAAGAUCAAGUGAUUUACAAACAUCCGUGUAUCUGUAGGCUUACCUGAUGUUGGCUAACUGGCAACAAAACUAGAGAUUCGCAAAAUAAGCAGUAGGCUAAUGUGUGUCCGCUGGAAACCUCAGUUAUGUUUCUAUGUUUACUUUAUGACUACGACUUUUUUGUUUUCCUUCCAAUAGACCGUGACAGUAAAGAUAUAUACCACAAGGGAAAAGCUUAAGAUAAAACAAAUAUGGCCCAAAUUGAGAAACAAAAGCAACGUAGUGAUGAAGAAGUUGUCAAAAAGCUGGUAAGUAUGUGCUAAACUUUGGUAAAAUUAUAAUUGGCAUGGGUUAAUGCUCAGUUUUUAGGCUGUUGCCUCCAAAAAAAAUCACCCAGUAUUAUAAUUAUUGUUUCUAAAUGGGUAUAAUUCAAGUAGGUCUGUUACAUUAUCUUAUUUUCUCUUUGUAGUGCAUGGCCAAUGGGAUAUCCUAUGAAAAGACUGUUCGAGAGGGAAGCAACAUCAGCACCUUGAAGAUGUUUUUCUCUGGUUUUCCUCGUAUAGUUGGGCUCAACUUCUUCCCUAAGCUGUGUACGCUCACUAUAGUGAGCCAAAACAUUAAAUACAUUGAGGGACUCGAGUGCUGUCCAUUGCUGCAAGAACUCUGGAUAGCAGAGUGCAACCUGACAGUAGGUUCACCACAGCCCCCAACACAUUAAAUUGUGGGAACUUGCAAUGUACUACCUUUACUGAGUGACCUUCUCUCAUUGUGUUCUCAGUCCUCCUCUUAUACUACAAGCAAAAACAUUUUUUUCAUAGCCUAACUAAAACAUCCUAUUGCAUAUGUAGAAAGUAAAAUAGAUGUCAUAUACUAUAUUAAUUCUUACCAACUUCUUUUUUUUUAGGAAAUAUCCGGACUACAGGAAUGUCUGCAGCUGAAGAAGCUCUACCUUUAUGAUAACCAGAUUUGUGAAAUAAAGAAUUUACAGUCACAGAUUGACCUAGAAGUCCUGUGGCUCAACAAUAACUGCAUUAGUCAGAUACAGGUUUGAACUGUAGUAUUUGAAUUCUUAUUAUAGAUGUGUUUUUGCAUCUUCAUCAAGAGGUCAGUUAUGUAAGUUACAUUUUCUCAAUUUUAAUCACUUUUUCUACAUGGUUUGUAAUCAUAGGGCCUGAACUCACUUCCAAAUCUCAAAGAACUAAACCUUGCAGACAACAGCAUUGAAGAGAUUGGUAGGUUUUUUUUUCUUUUUUAAUUGUCUGCUUUUUAUGAGCCAGCUUUGAUUGAGAUCCAGUGAAAUGUUUGAAUAGAGCAAUAAUCAAAUAUCUUCCAAUAACUUAAUUUAAGGGCAUAGCCUUGAGCAUAAUGUCAGCCUUCAGAAUCUUAAUCUCUCCGGGAACAAGAUCACCUCCUUUAAGGUAAGAUUAAAAAACAGAAAUAUGCUUUUGUAAAUGUUUUCCUGCUUAUUUUCAAAAAUGUUAUUAAAAUCCUUGGUCUGAAGAAAGGGCCUGUCCCAAUUCUUGUAAAAUGUCAGGGUCUCAGCCAGUUCAAAUUUUCAAUCAAGUCUACAAUGAGCUGGCUGCACAAGACUUUCAUUGAGUUAUUGAGAAGGAUAAUUUGAGUUUUUUGUAAUUCUUGAUUGAAUAAUAUUCAUUCACAGUUACAUCCAUUUAAAAAGUUAUAAAAUGCUUUCUUGGUGUUUGUUAACUAUACAUUUGAGAUGUAAACUGUAGCUGACACACUCAUUCAGAGUUUACUCUGAGUCAUGUCUGGUUCAGGGUCACCCCCCAAAAAAAAAUAAUAAUAGUGUUGUGGCUACUGUUGAUUGGAUGAACACCUCAGAUCAAAUUAAUGCAAUCGACCUUUUGUCUAGACCCUGCAUUCCUUGUUUCCCUGUGUGCUAACCCCCUUUGGCUUUAAAGAUAGCAGUAAUUGUCACUCCACGCACUGAGUCCUCAGAAGGUUACAACUACCAAAAAGGAGAGCUUGGCUUGUAAGGACACCUAUCUAACAAGAAACUUCCUUUUGUGUACAGUCCGCAUGACAGAAGCUGCAGAAAAUUUGUCGAGCUCUGUAGUUGCCUAUUCACAACACAAAAAAGGCUUUUCAUGAUUGUUAGUUAUCUUUCUUUUUACAACAAUUCAAACAGUAACAUCAUCAAGGCAAAACAAUCAAAUGUGGACUUAAGUGUAAAUACCUGAAUGAAGGCUAAUUGCAUUUUUGAUUAGCAAGGUAUUUCAUUGUGCAUGAAGUCAUGUUAAGAAACUGCUCUCUGGGCUCUGUUGUUGUUAUAGGAGUUGACCAUGCUUACCUGCUUACCUGAUCUAAGAGAACUGGCACUCAGUGACCGCACAUCCACCCCAAACCCAGUGUGUCAGCUGUUUAACUAUGACACACAUGUUCUGUAUCACAUGCCAGGCCUCCAGCGACUGGACAUGUACGAUGUCUCAAGCAAGAAAAUCAAAAAAGCAGCUGAGGUACGGAGCAGACCAACAGAGAUCCAGUGUAACUUUAAAACUCCAAAAACAGUCACUGAAAUAAUCAAAGUUCUGUUUGAGGGGACACUCUGAAUUCUUUUGGUUGAUAUAGAUAAAUGAUUUUAUCAUUCUUUUUAUAUUUUCAUGAACAUUUUUUUGGCUAACAACAAAAGGUUACCCUGCUAUUUAUGGUUCCAGUGUCUAGAUACAAUGUGAGUUAUAUAUGAACAUCCAAGACGAAAUUCAGAAGCAUGUUCAUCAAAAGUUCAGUCAUCAUGUAAUGGUAGUUUUGUUAUAUCUUUGAUUUUUUUUCUUUUAGUCUACAGUAAUGAAGAAAAUGAUGUACUACAACAUGCGUGUUCGUACUGCUCGGAGAAACUUUGCAGAGACUCAGCACAGUUUGAUGGAGAGGAAGAAAACAAUGUUACAGUUACCGGGAGAAUGCAUAAGAACAAUCAAUCAUGCCAUUAAAAAUGUAAAUACCCUGUUUAAACUCUCUAAAAAAAAAACAUAUAUAUAUAUAUCAUCAUAUCACUGCUAUAUAUUUGUAAAUAUAUAUGUAUAUAUAUAAUAUAUAUACAGUAUAUAUAUACAGUAUAUAUAUAUAUAUAUAUAUAUAUAUAUAUAUAUAUAUAUAUAUAUUUACAAAUAUAUAGCAGUGAUAUGAUAUAUGAUAGUAAUUGUUAAGACAGGUCAUUAAUGUAUUAAAUAUUGUACAAGAUUAAGAGAGCUUUUUUUAUUUUGCAUGCAUACCCAGCUCGAACGGGAGCUCUCCCAGGUGAUGGCUGGUUGUGGGAAGUCUGCCUGCACAUUUGAAGACAAACCUUUCCUCCAUGCUAAAGAUUCAACAGACAGAAGUGACUCACCCAUUGAUAUUAGUCAUGACCCUACUAUGGAGCACAAGAUACUCUGCAAGAUUGAAGCGCUGCAAGAGAGAAUGGCACUAUGGAUGAGGAGAAUGGAUGAGUCCGUAUAUUUGAAUAUGUUUCAGAUAGAGUCUUAUUAUGUUCUAUGCUACUUAUUUACUAUAUUAUUGCAUCUGAUAUAACAAACAGCUGUACUGUCAGUACGUGAUAUUCCUUUUUCUCCAAUCAGGAUUGAGGCCUGGUUCCAGAGAGAUCUGGCCCAAGCUACCCGUAUGAUGGAAUACACCAUCCAGUUUUUGUUAAUGGAGCUAGAAAGUGUUGGAAAUAUUCGUUUAGAAGAGGGCUGCUCCACGGACUCUUGGUACAUCAUUAUAUCACACAUCAUGAUUCAAAUACAACCACCAUGAAACUGACAACUGGAGGACAAAAUGUAACACAUGACUCUACGUUGUAUUCCUCACAGGUUUUCCUCUUGCCGUGCACUACUGCUAUCAUGUUUCUCCUGCUCAGACUUUAUGAUUUAUGGCAUCACUGGCAUCAAGAUCAAUAAAGUGAUCCGCAUCCACAACAGAGCUCUGAAGCUUCGCUUUGAAGACAGAUUUCACGCCUUACUAACCAGCGAAGAGUCUCCAUCCUUUUCACAGUAAGUUAAACUAGAUUGUGAUAGUAACUGGUAAUUACUUUGUUUUUUUUCAUAGAUAAUCAACGAAAGAUUUUAUAGUGUUGUUAUUGUCAUUGUGGCAGUCACAGGACCAUGUUUUAUGUUCAACCCAAACUUUUUUAGAAGGAACUACAGACAUCAGCUGGAUUACUUAUUCUACGCGACUGAUCCUGGAGAAGAUAAUGAGAGGGAGAAAAUUUUGAGUAUUCUAGAGAAAGGUUUUAAAACGGCUGAACCCCAUAAGGUGUGAAUACCUAAAACUUUACCAGAUGUUUGUUUCAGAGCACGCUGUCUCACAAAAUUCAACCCAUUAGCAGAAAAUUAAUUCCACUAAGCAUGAGCUAGUUGGUCACUGAAUACCUAUACAGUAAUACAAUGAAAUGAGUUUGUAAAACCAAAAAAGAUCUUUUUUCUUUUGCUUUUUAAUUAGCAGAAUGCAGUUAAAAAUACAAAGCAACAUUAAUCUAUCAAUAUGACAUUGACUCAGAAGUCUGAGCUGUGUUGUUUGCCCAGCAAACUCUUUAGUUGUUUGCUUCUGUACAGAGAAAACUGAAUGUGAGGAUUUUGUAAUCUUUUCUUUGUUUGUUUUAUUUUUACAUCUCUGACUAAUCAUGCUGAUGUGCACAACUAGUCAUUGGGGAUAGAAGGUGCUAUACCUUUAUCAAACAGCCUGAUUGUGACUGAACAGCCCAGAAUUGAACAUGCACUGCAGCAGGCCAGCCAAGGAGAGACACAGCACAGUUCAGACACAAUCCCCUUUAGAUAUGGUGAGUUAUUUUUGCUCAUUGUUACUGUUAAGUCUGCAUAUUGUGACUACUGUUCAAAGUUUGUAUAGGUAAUGUAUGUAUAUGAAUAUAUGUUUUUCUUUUCCAAAGGUUGGAUAAUUGUUUCAAAAGUGUUUGUGGGCCACAGCAUGCCUAUCAAAAAGGGGGAACUGCUGGAGAGAAGCAGCUAUUCCAAAUUGUACUCAGUGUAUCGCAAUGUGAAUGCCAAGCAAACAACUGCAACACAUGAAGGUAUACAGUGUAUCACAAUGCAUCAGAAAUCAGUUUUAUUCAGCCUGUAUUCAAACAACAAUGUUGCAUCUUUGUCUGUUUUGAUUCAGAGAUACCUCCCUCUUCAAAAACACACACUGGUUCCGAGUGCAGUCCCCGACAAAGACAAUGGUUUGUGUUUGACCGUGAGCUUGUUCUGCCUGAGUACAUCAUAUUUUUUGAGUACAUCACUGGGGUAAGAAAAUAACUGGUUCUGCUGAAUGUUUUCAUCAUGUCCAAAAAUCAAACUUUUGUUUGAGGCUGCACUCAAGAAUCUCAACAGUAAAAUAAAUCACAGACUUUCAGUUUGAGCAGAAAACAAGAUGGUAAAAAGAUUUUGAUCACAGAUGUCCUGAUUUUUAGACCUUUGCUCUGGUUUUAACAACUUAUCAAACUAACCACAAAUUUGUUAUUUGUUAGGAUACAGAACAUUCUGCACCAGGCCACAUCCCAGUAAAAGAUGGUACGCCUUCCAACGAUAUCAUCCUGGACAAGGAAGUCUUAAACAUGGAACCUAUGCUGAAACCAUUACCCAAAUUGUUGAGUUUGGAUGAAAAAACCUUGCUCAGCGUGGCCAGAGCCAAUGUCCUCAGUCAGAUUACUGUAAGCACUAUGUUUUUUUUUAAUAGAGAAAUUCAAACCAUAGCCUCCUGAAACACUGAAAAAAGAUUUUUUCUAUUGUAUUGAUUCUUAGGUGCUGAACCUACAUGGCAACAGUCUGAGUAAAAUAAAGGAGAUUUCCCACCUCACAGCUCUGAGACACCUCACCAUCAGCUUCAAUAAGUUCACACACUUGUAUGACAUUUCUCACAUGGUAAAUCAUUAUUAUUCAGCUUGAAUUUCUUGCCACAUUUAAAUUGCUCAGUUGAAUGCAUUAUAUUGAAAUAAGGCUAAAUAAAGGAAAUAAUUCCACAUUAAUUGUCUCUUAUACCUAAAAUGCAGCCAAACCUUGAGUUUCUGGAUGUCAGCUAUAACCACCUUGUGACUCUGGAAGGGCUACGGGGGUUGUCACGGCUCAAACAACUUGACGUACGCUGGAACGAGUUGACCAAGGCCAGAGAGGAUUCAGCAGUGUUGCAAAAACACACGCCAGCCUUGCUGAGGCUUGACACCCGAUACAACCCCUGGACUAAGGUGUGGCCUCUGAUUCAACAGAACAAAACAGACACAUGCUGAACAAAAAUAUAUUUGGUGAAGUUUCUUUUCUUCUUUUUAGCCUGAAACAAUCCGAAAAAACAUAUUGGGCUGUCUGACGACCCUCACACACCUAGAUGAUGUGAUGGUAGGAGAGGAGGAGGCUGCUGAUGCUGUUCAAAUGACUGUGGGAUCUAAAAUCAACAAGGUCAAGAUCUGAAAAUCUGCACUGACUGCUGCACAGUACUGCAUAAUGGAACACAGAUCUUAAAACUAGAACAAUAGAAAAUAAACUUGUUAAGCUUUCAUGAUAACUCGUAAGAAUUACUCCUGCUAGCACAUCCACAGUUUCAAUCCAAAGAAUUUACUAUAUUUCCAGGCAUCAUUUCUGGUUCACUCGCGCACCAGCAAUGACCGGCCUCGGAGUCUCAGCCUGCUGUCAACAGCCCAGCUUUUGUGUCUACUCAGUCCUGCAAACUGGAGAACUGACAUAGAGCUGGAGCCAGAUUGGACUGCAAAGGUAAACUAAAGGCAUAUGAGUUUUUCAGAGUUAGUUGGAAGACUUCAGGGAAAAUUGUACAGUGAUUCAUCACUGAAACUGAUAAACCUACUCUACAUCUGUGAUUUUAUCAUGAAUGUAUGUAUAUGUGUCCAUGGCCUUUAUAUUUGGGCAGAUCACCACCCUGAACCUUGACAGUCAGAAGAUUUCUAAACUGAUCAGUCUGGAAAAGCUUGUCAACCUCCGUUGGGCCUCCUUAAAUGACAAUGAUAUCUCCAAAAUGAAGGGUCUUGAAUGCUGCUCAAAACUGGAGGAGCUUUCCCUCAACAACAACAACAUCAACACUCUUGAUGGUUAGUCAAACUGUCAUUUUAUAAACUAUCCAGAGUAAAACCCAAAAAGUUGGCUUCAGUAAAAUUUCUACAUCUUCCUUUGCUGUUUCUUCAGGUCUCCCCAAACUUCACUGCCUUAGUAAACUGAGUCUAGAUGGCAAUCAGCUGACUACUUUGGAUGCCUCUGUGCUGGAUCAACUGCCCAACCUGUCCUUUUUGUCUGUGGAGAACAACUGUAUCACUUCCUUGCAUGGCAUCCAGGGAGCCCACUCCCUUCUUGAGUUAUACAUCGGCAACAACCGAAUUUCAACAUCACAAGAUAUCUACUUUUUAAAGGCAAACAGUAGAGGAACAAGGACUGUAUAUUCCAGAGUUCCCAACUUCUUUGACUUUGCUUUGAGAACUUAUUUCUACCUCUUCCAUUUCAGGGAUUGUCGAAUCUCAUCAUUCUUGAUCUUUAUGGGAACCCUUUAUUGGAGCGCUUGGAAAACUAUCGCAUUUAUGUGGUGUUCCACCUACCCUCCCUAAAAGCUCUGGAUGGCACUGCUGUUGUAUGUACCGACAAAAGCAACAAGUUAAACUUAGACGUUGUUGUGGUCAUGAUAAAAUGAUUCGUACUUUUCUUGUUUUCUUCCCAGGAGGUAACUGAGUGUAAAAAGGCGAAGGACAUGUUUUGGGGGAGACUAAACCCUGACAUGGUAGCAGAGAAGCUGGGCCACUCUACCUUCACAAAUGUCACUUUCCUCACAAUGCAGGAUCGCUCUAUAAGGUAAAAACCAGGACAGAAAAACACAUCACGCACCCACUAACUUGCAUCAGUAUAGCUGUUUAAUUUGCUGAAGAGUAAAGGCUUAUUAGAACAGUUUUAUUUCCUCACAGGAUGGUCGAUCUCUCUCCAUCAGAUCAGUUUUGUAGUCUGCUCAGUGUCAACUUGGAUCACAACAGCCUCACCUCUUUCUCAGGCCUCAUAUACCUGCCCAACAUCAAAGUACUAAACACACUAACCGUCAUAUAUCAUUGGGCAGCGUACCUGAGCUUUGUACUUAAACAUGUUUUCUUUACAGGUUCUGAGUCUAAACCAUAACCGUAUAGAGUCCAUCCUACCCAGACAGAAGCCCCAGGCUCGUCUAACAAACAAACAGAUACUCCACAGCAAAGUUCACUCCAGUGGUUACGGCCAGCGGAGUUCAACUAAAAAGAAAGGGUAUCACAUUUUUCACCUCAAAAAUAAAUGUGUUUCUAUAUUUUUUAAGCUAAAAAAAUGAGGAUUGUUAAAAUUUGUAAACUGCCACCAUUAGGGGGCAGCACUGACCAGUCAAUGUAUAAACUGGAGCCUGCCGAUAAAACAGAUCUCUGUUGUAGAGGUUGCUAAACCCCCCCAAAAAGCCCUAAAAGCAUGAUACAAAUCAAGCUUGAGUAAUGAAUAUGAAUGUUUUAUCCUUUCUAGAGAUGCGAUACCAAAAUCCAAAUAACUAGAUCUUUGAUUAUAUAUUUCCAGUUUCUACAUAGUCAUAAUAAAACAGGCAUAAUAGUACAAUGUUUUGGUAUUUUCUUUUAAUAGAAUCCAGUAUAUAAGCAGUGCUGUAACAGCCUUGUAUCUUUACUCUUCCUGUGAUUGCAUUUGGGUAGUCUGCACCUGUGAGGUUAACGGGACAGCAGGAGGGACAAAAGAGAUGCUCAUUUAACCACAGACUGUCAUUCUGUGACUGUUUAAGGGAAACUGGGCCCACUGACAGUCUGGAGCCACUGAUGGGCAGCCUAGAGGAGCUGCAUUUGUGUCACAAUGGCAUCUCCAAUAUGGCCAAUCUGCAGCUCAGCAGGCUCACCAAUCUUAAAUUACUCUUUCUCCAAGGUAUGUAUGGUUGAGGCAAAACGGCGUCCCCACAAAGCCUGUUCAGAGCUCUGUGUAAAGAGCCUGUGAAAAGGCAAACACUGAAAAGUCCCCCAUAGACCUCAGGCCAGGUGGGAGAUGAGACUUAAGAAUAGAACUCCUGACUUUCUUUUCAAUCGCUUUUGAUGGCUUUUGAUGGAGUUUUGCUUUGACGGAGCUAUUUGUCCCACAAAGCCGACCUCACUUGUCCUUUCUUCCCUUUUUUCUUUGGAAUCCUUUCAUAGAUCUCUCCGUAAUUUCAGUGUCUUCUCACCAGAAGAAAAACUAAAUACUGUUUUGCUGUAAAAACAUCCUUUAAUAUUUUUUUUGUGUCUGCAAUUUUCCCUUUUAGUUUGCUGAAAUAAAUAUAAGGCAACUCUUUGGGGUAUCACUCUUGAUGCAUUAAUUAAUAUUUCUCUCUUUCUAGGGAAUGAGAUCAGCCAGGUAGAAGGACUUGAAGGGCUUCACCAGCUGAUGCAGCUUGUGUUAGACAAGAACCGCAUCAAAACUCUGUCUGAAAAAUCUUUUAUCGGGCAGAAUGUUCUGCUAGAGCUGCACCUGGCAGCGAACCGUAUCCAGGAGCUCAACCAUCUUGAUCCUUUGACUGAGCUUCGCAAGCUUUUUCUUGGCAUGAACAAGCUGCAGGUAUUUCACUACAGCAGAGAUUUCUUCACCUGCUGGUGUUAAUUAUGUUUAUAUUCAGAUUUUUAUUAAACGUGCAUUUUCAGAUUUCAAUGAGGCUGCCACAAUAACUCAAACUAAAGCUUUCUUCUGAGGUGACUAGCAAGGUCAUAUUAAUCUUUUGCACAGUUUUUGAUUUUCCGCCAUACCUUAACGUGAUGGUUCAUACACACAAUGUGGUAGGUAUUUAAGAAUGUGUUUCAUUCAGCAUGCAGAAUUACUUUACCCGGCAUUUUCAAAGUAAGACAUGAGCUGUAGUAAUCAUGAAUCAUUACCACCCCACUGUGAUAUGCGAGGGGUAGCACUAAAGAGAAUCAAGUUUGAUUGAAGGUCAGGGCCGCAUGCAUGAAGACAGUCACUAACAAUCAGGGAACGUGUAAUCAGUUCUUCAGUCUGUGUCUCCUUCUCACCAAGGGUGAGUGAUUUGCACUUUGUUUUCUAGUUCCUUCUUUCCUUCACUUUCUUAAUGUUUUCAUGCAUUCGAUUAAGACAUAAAUACAGUAAUCAUCAAAGUGCGACCGGUCUCUCAGUGGGGUUGUCUUUGAAUCGCCGCCAAAUACAGCUGUAAACCUGUGAAUGACCAAAAACACGCCUGAUGCCCUGUUGCGUGCCCAAACUCUUUCAUGAGAUUAACAUGAGCUCACACAUGUAAUCUCUCCUAUCAGCUGCUUCCAUCCUCCCAACACCAAAAUUAUGAGAGGGUCAGCCUUAUUGCAUAUGUCUCCAUAAUCACACAGCAGGUUACAACCAGUGGGCAAAAAGCUUCACUGAAUGGGCAGCAAGCAAAAGUUAAUCUGUGUUUCUUAACUUUUUGCAGGACAUCACAGAGCUUGAAAAACUCGAUGUUCUUCCUUCGCUGUCGGAGCUCUCUGUUCUUGGGAAUCCAGUGAGUAUUACCAGUGUUUGUGCAUCACACAGAUCUUGGAAAAAGUACGUCAAACGGGUUUGUUUGAGCUUUUCCUGCUGAUCAGAAUCUAGUAGCCGUCGGUGCAGGACAGUUUGAACUCUUUCACCGAGAAACAAAGUAUCACAGACAUGCUAACAGGCUCAAUUUUUCAUUUACACAAUCCAGAACACUAUUCCAAUGUAACUUUGAGGUCCCAAAUUAAGCGAUUACAUGAUGGCCCAUCUGCUGUGCCUCAAACUGGCCGGCAUCAGAGACAAAUCCGUGGACCAAAUGGCAGGGCCCUAUUGGCCCAGUUACAUCAUCCAUCUGGAGCUCAUGGAUCAGGUCUCAAUGCAGCCCAUGGCCUCGCUAUCAUCCACAGGAUUCUGCUCAGCUGUGGAAGUCUCCAUAGUCCUCGACCCCAUCCCCCUUUUUCCCAUAGGAGGGGUUAAUUUUGCCAGGAUGUAGAGGUCAACAGCCACCCCAGAGACAAUACCUCCUGCUGUUGGCAGCAUGAGAGCGCUACCUCACCCAUGUUCCCUGGCCAAAGUCUGUCUCCUCAUCUCUGUUGGGCAUCCGUUGGCAUACUCUCACAGUUUUGUAACGCCAGCAGUGCCCUAGAGGAACAUUGAGUUCUAUGAAUGGAAUGGCUCAGUUUUUACGCAGACUGGGGGUCUCCUCAGCUGGGUAAGGCGGACUAUGAUGCUGUCAGCUGGGUCUCUGGAAUAACUGUUUGGAGCACAAUAACUUUGUGAGAAUCUGCAUAGCAGUGUACUCAUUCCAGAUAUCUCUCAGGAUCCACUCAGGAUCCAUGUAAAUAAUUCUGAGUACAAGUCAAUGUCUGCAAUAUUGAUCAGUGUUUUUAUUUUAAUUAAACAAGUGCUUCUUUCUCUUCCAGGUGGCCAAAAAAUCUCUCCACAGACCAGCUGUGGUGCUCCGUCUGUCCUCCCUUCAGGUCCUGGAUGGAGUAAUGGUCACCCCGGCAGAGAGAACACGGGCUGAACUUCUCAGUGCUGAUCCAACAGUGAGGGUUGCAUACAUUAUAGAUACUCUCACAGAAACACUCACACACAUAUGAAUAACAAUUAUGCAGAAAAGGACUUUGUUUUUAGUUAAAAAGAGGUCAAGUCUGCAGAUUUUUAUGGUUGGUAUUAAGGAGAGUUUUAUAAAUUCUCAGACUCUCUCUGUAGUCCAGCAUGACACUGACCCACAGAUGAAGAAAAAACUGUUUGCAUAAAGCUCAUAAUAGGCCUGAUCAUGUAAGAUAUAGUCCAACUGAAAAAAACAGAAUGCCAACAACCAAAAAGCAGCCAUGAAAUAGAGAGAAAAUCCUGGAUCAAACUCUUUUAGUCUGACUGAUUUGACGUUCAUGUAAUGAGAGACAGAGGCAGUAAUUCUCCUUCAGCUCUGAAUUAAAAGCAGCCUAAGCUUGCUGGCAUCAUCCUGCUGAUUAGAUGAAAUGUGCCCGGCCGAUAAUGCACCAGUGGAUUUACCCCCUAUUAGCCGGGUCAACACGACCCCCUCUGCUUGUUAAUCGCAGAUGUGGAAAUGACAGAGCAGAGAUACUGGGUUUCCUCAUUAAAACAAAGAAAAAAUCAUCAGUGCUACCUCAGACAUCACCCUCAACUCAUGCCUGAAUACAUUUUUUAACACGACCAUUGUUGUCCAGAGGGAACAAUUACAUAUAAGAAUCAUAUUUAAUACAUUUUAAGCAUCACCUGAGUUUUUGCUAUGUUUUUUUCUUCUUCUCUUUUUUGUUUGUGGUAUGCCUUGGAUAGUUGCUUCAUUUCCCUGAAGUGUAUAUUCAAUAUUUCUCUUUAAGCUGUGUCCAGAAUACCUCAGAGCUUCUGGACCCCCUCUUCUGCCUUGUAAACCCCUUCUUGGAGCAAGUGGUGUAAGUGCAGGACCACAGAGCUCUAUACAUAGGCACGAUACCCUACCAAAUAACAUGGAGGAGGCUCGAUACGACAUGGACUCGAGUAAGUGUGAUAUUUUUCCUUACGGGGAUCAGAGGUCUCUUUAAGAUGAUAGAGCAGUAAAUCAAGAUUUACAUAAACAUAGCCUUUUUUGAGUAAUACUACAGAAAUAGGAGUCUAAUUCAACAAUUACCAGACUACUGUUGUGUUGAAAGUUAAAUAAAGGUUUAAAGCUCCUUGCUUUGGCUCUGUAACCCACACCCUUGUAUCUAUUCUUAAUCCAGACAAAAGGAACAAGCAUGUAAAUGCUCAAAUCGCCCAAACUGACAUAAACUUCAGACAACUUCAAAUAAAAGGCAUCAGCCUGCCAACACCUGGUCUUCAUUCUGAUAGGAAUAGAGCCAUCAUCACUCAUACCAACCAGGAGCAAGACAGCAGGUGGGUUAUCAAAAAUAAAGAGUUAUUUUAUGUGUUUUUGUAAUAUGAAAGAUCUGUUCAAAAGAUUAGACUACAUAUGACUAUUUUUUUUUGUUUUGUAUUUAAGAUUUCCAAAUGAUGGCAAACAUCCUCCUAUGUAGCAGCCUGAAGCAGUUGAACAUGUGCUGACACUUGUCAAUCAAAGCCAAAGGGAAAGAUGACUCAUACAACAGUCAUCACUUUGUUUAUUAUAUUUCACAGGGCUUGAGGACAUUAUAUCGUCAGUAUGUGUUUUUCUCUGCAUAAUUUGAUUUAUGCAUUUUAGGGGAGAAAAUGGGUUAAUUCAAGUCAAAAUUUUAUAUAUUGUCUUCCUAUGUUAGAAGCCAAUAAAUUACUUGUAUACGUCUUGGAAUUUCAGUGUAAAAUAAAGCAUAUUUCCAGCUACAGACAA